GUCAGUGCAAGGGGCCAGAUCAACAACAGAACACAAGAAGUCUCUGCUGAAAAGGUGUGUUUAAUGUGACAAACAUGGCCAGUUUUGGUGAGAAGAGCAGGACCCAGUCAAGGUUCAUCAGCAGCUCCAGUAAUGCAUCUACCACUAGAAACACCACCAUUCGUCUUCGGGAUAUUUACGAUCCCAAGCCUCAACCUCCCAAAGCCCCGGUCCGGAUACGCCCUCCAGGUCCAAGAGCUCCAUCAGUAAAGGAACUCAACUUAAAGCACAGCUCGCCCAGUGAUCCUCCGACCAAGACAAUCAUGAGGAGACGAACUCAGUCUCUUCCUUCGACUGCAGAGAGGAAAAAGGAAUUUCAGAGUCUGCAGGUACGCUUUGUGGACUCGUUGGGCCUAGAAUUAGAGGAAGUUAAGGUCUUCAAAGUUCAAGAGCGCCCCCUGAUACCCCAACAUGUCAUGUUCAGACUACUGAUGAGCUCCGAACUGGCGUUCGGGAGGUCACUGGAGUUGUCUCUGCCUUACUUCAAACCUUGUUUCCCUGAAAAUAUGGGAGCUGAAUCUGACUUUCUGCAGCGCCUCUGCACUCAGAGUGUGUGUCUGGAGCAGGUCUUGUGCUCAGAGCAGGGGAUAACAGGUACUAUACAAGUCCUUAAUUUAGCUUACGAGAAGGUAGUAACAGUGCACUACUCUUUCACAAACUGGAGAACUCAAACAGUGACAACAGCUUCCUGGGUAUCGAGCGGGUACGGGGGGGAGUACGACGCUCCAGAAACUGAUAUCUUCAGAUUUCGCCUGCCUGUCCCGCCUUUUAUUUUGCAGCCGGGAACCAUUUUAGAAUUUGCCAUCUGCUACAGUGUGAAAGGAUCUAAUUACUGGGACAACAACAACGGACAAAACUACAAACUGUCAUGCCACAGUUACAAGGUGACUGUGCCGAGGGAGUGUGAGGACAGCAUGCUGCAUUUUACCUGAGUGUCCACCUGCACAUAGAUAUAUGUAACAAACAAGCAAAAUGCAGUGCAGUAUAUCACAUUUGUUUCCCCCUUUAACCCUUUGGAACCUGGAUCGACAACACGUACCUUGUGCUGUUUUCAGACACCUUACAC